AUGGAUCGUAAGAAGGCAACACCACUUAUAAAAAGUGAAGAUGAAUUGUCAAAAUGCAUUGAGAUACUAAGAAUAAAGAGGCAGGAAAUACAUGAGCAAAUUUUAAAGGAAGAGGACAAAGAAAGAAUGCAGAAAGAGAUAGCCAUGCUAAACGAAAAGCUACAAGAAGUUUGUCACAGUAUAACAAAAAAACUACAAACACGUUUAGAAUAUGAUCGAACUAUUAAGGAAACAUCUGCAGCAUAUACGAAAAUAAGGGAAUCUGCAAAGUCCUUAUUGCAUAUUUUAAAAAGAGAAGAAAAUCAUUUGGGUAGUAAACUAUAUAAUGGGGCAUCCGAUGAUGAUUUUAAGUCGAUCAGAGAAUUGAGGAACAUACAUCACUGA